UAAAAGUAGAACCGAGAACCCAGCGCAAGUAUGGAGUCUCUGCUCAAGUACCCAAUGAAACUUAUACUUUUGACAGCAUGGCUCUCCAGUCUGAUGGACCCAUGCAGCCUCUCUGACAUUUGCGAUUCUUGUCACCAACUUGCAACAUGCAAGGCCCUGAACGGAUCAAACCAUGCCUGCUUCUGCAACCAUGGAUACACCGGAGAUGGAACUAAAUUUUGCAAUGAUGACAACGAGUGCCAGAAUGUGACUAAUAUCUGCGGGGACAGGGGGAGCUGCAGCAACACAGCGGGCAGCUACUACUGUACAUGUGUCUCUGGAUACACAUCAACAGGACUGGCCGAGUUCCAGCCCAACGAUGGCACUGAAUGCAUCGAUAUUGAUGAAUGCAAAUCAGGACAGACGUGUGGACCAAACUCACGCUGCCAUAAUACGAAUGGAUCGUUCUAUUGCACCUGUCAGCGUGAUUACAUCCCAACUUCAGGCCCUAAGCACUUUCAUCCAGAGGGAGGUGUAAGAUGUAAAGAACAUCCCCAAAAAAACUGCCAUGACAAAAUCGAGUGCAUCACACAGGCCGUCAACAGAACACUUGAAUAUAUGAGCAACCUCACGGAGCCCGAGGGUCUACUGAAGGAAAUUGCCAAGCAGACGUCCGGCGAACUCACCUCAGUGGAAGUGAUCACAUAUGUUGAGGCCUUGAGUCGAUCCGCGUCAACACUGGCUGCCGAAGAAAAGGAUUACACUGUCAAACCAUCCGUCAUCAACUCGACUCUUACAAAACUAGUGACAGCAGUAAACAACUUGGUGGAGAAGGAUGAACUGGGGGCUUGGAACCGAAUGAAAGAAGAGCGUCGGGAACAUACCAUCACCAAGCUGCUACAUACUGUUGAAGAAAGUGCUCUGACUCUGGCUAACAACUACAAAACUCCAGCUGAGCUCGAAAUCAAAGCCACAGAAAUGGAACUGAAACUCUUUACCUUUGAUGCUCGUCACAUAAAAGCCAAACUGUCUGUGUCAAUGGGAGGUGAUCAUAUAAAUCUAACUCCAAAACUGAGACCAGAGGAGGACAGGAAUGGGAGUGUGUCAGUGGUGUUUGUGCGAUAUGACAGCAUCGGUGACAUCCUGAAGCCGAGCAGCGACCCGGGCAUCACCGACUACUCUCGCUAUGCAGAGACUGGGGAAAUCACUGUCAACUCCCAAGUCAUCGCCGCAGCCGUCAAACCUGCUGACGUAUACCAACUUGACCAUGUCACCUUCACUCUGAGACAUAACAAGAUCGUAGACACUAAAGCUAAUGUGACCACGUGUGCUUUCUGGGAGUACGAGCCGGACAGCCUGCGGGGCCACUGGGCCACCCAUGGCUGCAAGACCGUCCAUGUCAACAGCAACGCAACCACCUGCUCCUGCAAUCACCUCACACACUUUGCCAUCCUCAUGUCCUCUGGGCGAGCCAAUCUGGUGGCCCACUACACCGUCCUGACCCGGAUCACCCAGCUGGGGAUGAUCAUCUCCCUCAUCUGUCUGUCCAUGUGCAUUUUCACCUUCUGGUUCUUCAGCGAGAUCCAGAGCACCAGAACCACCAUCCACAAGAACCUGUGCUGCAGCCUCUUCAUGGCCGAGUUCAUCUUCCUGGUGGGGAUCAACAUGAACACACAUAAGCUUUUCUGCUCUGUUAUUGCAGGGCUGCUGCACUAUUUCUUCCUCGCGGCCUUUGCCUGGAUGUGCAUCGAGGGCAUCCAUCUGUACUUAAUAGUGGUUGGCGUCAUCUACAACAAAGGCUUCCUGCACCGCAACUUUUAUAUCUUCGGCUACGGGAGCCCGGCGGUGGUGGUGGCCAUCUCAGCGACACUCGGCUCCAAGUACUAUGGCACUGAAAAAGUGUGUUGGCUGAGCACAGAAAACCACUUCAUAUGGAGUUUCAUCGGGCCGGCUUGUUUGAUCAUUCUGGUUAAUCUCUUGGCUUUUGGAGUAAUCAUCUACAAAGUGUACCGGCAUACUGCUGUGAAAAAGCCUGAAAUCAGCCACUAUGAAAAUAUCAGGUCUUGUGCCCGUGGGGCCUUGGCUCUGCUCUUUGUGCUGGGAGCCACCUGGACUCUAGGAGUUGUGCACAUCCUCAAUGAGACGACCCUCACUGCCUAUCUGUUCACCAUCACCAACGCCUUCCAGGGCAUGUUCAUCUUCAUCUUCCUCUGUGUGCUGUCCAGAAAGAUUCAGGAGGAGUACUACAGACUUUUCAAAAACGUGCCAUGUUGUUUUGAAUGCCUGAGAUGAAGUGACGCCACCGAAGUCUCAUCACUUGCACUUGUACAAUAAUAUUCAACACUACAGCUUUGCAAUAUCCUCUGACUCAUGCUUUCAUUUUUGAAAAACAAUAUGGGAGGAAUUUAAAACAGCACUUAUAAUUUCUAAACGUCUUGUUUCCCCUUUUAAAGACUGCUGUACGCAUCAUGUUUGUUAUAUGUACAAUGGAAAAAGUCUUCUGUGUCAAUCAUUUCACAUAAUACGUACUUCUGACUGAGAGUAAUGCUAAAAGUUUAUCCAGUUUAUUUUAACAUCUUUGCAGUUAUUGGCAUUUCACUUCAAAUAACCUACACAGUCUGCUGUCUCUGUUUCUCUCUGGUGUUUUAUAUUGAUUUGUAAAUUAUUAAAAAUGAAUGUGGCAAACUUACAAAUAUCUGCUGCUCACUUUUAUGUGCAAAAAUCAAUAGUCGUGUUUAAUGCAUUGUUCACCUCCCUUUUAUGAAGAUCACACAGUGUACAGAAUACUUGAGUUGAAUUGUUGGGACCAUGUUCCAGUUUCACACAUUGGCAGUAAGGAAGGCCAAUGGCUCCAUCUAGUGGACAUAAUGAGGAACCACAUGUGACACACAAAGAGCUGGAAACACUUUGGUUAUUAUAGCCAUCUGCAUUAUCAGACAAGCCUCCUCUGUGUAUUAGUUCAUGUUUGUAGCAUGUUGGUCCAUAUGAGUUGUGUUGUAGCCAUUUAAAGCCUUGUGAUACAUUUAUUGAACAUUUAUUUUCCUGCAGUGUUUUAGCCUUAUUGCUGCAAUCACCAAGCCGUCUCCUGGGCUGCAGGCUUUUGAGUUUAAGAAGCAUUGUGUUGAACAACAUUUGUUUAUUGUAACGUUUUAUUCAUAAAUUGCCUUCAUCUUAAAUAAUGAAACCAAACAAAACUACAGCUUAACAACCAAUGCUUUUUUGAAUGAGAAUCUAAACCAUCCCAGUCUGGUCCACAAAUCUGGUCCAGGAUCUUUAACUGGUCAUAGUAUUAUUAAACAUAUCAGAGGUGAGCCAAUAAAGGAAUAAAGAACAGACACAAAUAUCCUAAAUGAAUGUCGUCCCUUUUUAUUGUUUGUCUAGUUUGCCGUCUCCGCUUGUUUAAGAAAGGAGAUGCACUUAUGACUUCUGGUGACUAGUA